UUCGAUCGAUCGAUCAAUUUCUCCCUCUCUCUCUCUCUCCCUCUUUCUCCGAUCACCAAGAUGAGCGCCCGGUUGGUAGGAUCCCGGGAAGCCGUCAUCUUCGUUUCUGAUCAAAACCAGUUUGUGGGUUAAAUCUGCUAAUUUGGUGUUGUUUUCUGCAGGGAGAACAUGCAGCAGAUGUGAAAUACGAAGGGGCAAGCACCAUGAAACCUCAGGAUUUCUUGUUUAUUUCACUCGAUUUCUGUUUCAGUGAAUGUAUUUUGUUGAGAUCAUGAUCGGCUGGGUUCGUUCCAGGAGUUCUUCAUCAACCGGCGAGGGUUGAAGCUCUUCACCUGCAAAUGGCGACCCCGGAAACACGAGACGAAGGGAUUGGUCUUUCUUCUCCACGCAAACAGGGUACGCCAUGGAAUGCAGCAUCUCGAUGAAAGGUACAGGCAUAAGAUUGGCACGAGAAGGGAUGGAAGUGCAUGGGAUCGACUAUGAAGGCCAUGGGAAAUCAUCAGGACUCCAGGGAUACAUCUCCAACUUCGACGACGUUGUCGACGAUUGUAGUGAUUUCUUCACCAGCAUCACCGAGAAGGAAGAGAACAGGAACAAGUUGAGGUAUCUUCUAGGUGAAGCCAUGGGUGGUGCAGUGGCCCUUCUUGUGCACAAAAGGCAGCCUACUUAUUGGGAUGGUGCAAUUUUGGUCUCACCCAUGCUCAAGGUAACUGAUGAGAUGAAGCCAAAUGCUUUCGUUGUUGGGGUUUUAAAUAAGUUAAGCAAAAUUAUGCCCACAUUGAAGAUUGUUCCAACUAAAGAUAUCAUCGACGUUGGCAUAAAAGAUCCCAAAAAAAGGGAGGAGGUUAGGACGAAUUCUUGUUGCUAUAAGGGAAAGCCGCGUUUGAAGACCGGAUGUGAACUCCUCAAAGUGAGCAUGGAAAUGGAGAAGAGUCUCAAUGAGGUAUCACUUCCCUUCUUGAUAGUGCAUGGUGAGGAAGACCAUGUUACUGAUCCUUCAGUCAGCAAGCUCCUAUAUGAGUCUGCACCAAGCUCAGACAAGACCCUAAAACUGUACCCAAACAUGUGGCACUACUUGACUUCCGGUGAGUCGCCGGAGAACAUCGAACUCGUCUUCUCAGACAUAAUCAGCUGGUUGAACAAGCAGAUUGAGCGGCGAAAUUCGCAGGUCCAGAUCGAGCUCGGGCACGAAAAUGGAAGCCAGAUGACAGCAUCUCAAAGUCAAGGACAAGGAAUGCCUCCUCAAUCACCAACUGCACAUUGGCUGGUCACCAAUUGAUAAAAGGGUUUGUGGUCUCCUGUGGUUCAGUUAAUG